GUUUAGACCGCUAUCUCCAACUUUGGUGACCUACAUGACUUAUUUGGAAUUUUAUUCUCACACUGUGAACUCCGAUACCACUCGUCUGUAUACUGGUAAUAUUGAUAGACACGGACGCCUCAACAGACAGUAUCCUCAAGACUGACACUGUGAGCACGAAUUUUUGCAUUUUAUGACCUCAGGGAGAAUGCUAUAAGGUCUUGGGACAUAUCUGUCCCAUUGAUCGUUGAUUUUGGUGGAGAUUAGAGUUGGAUGGCUAUCUUGCCUUGUGGAUGACUCUUAGGCAGUAACUGACUGAAAUCGUUCUAGAUGGCCCGCAGCAGACAACUCGCACCCGGCGUUGGGCGCUUCUCGCGCUCACAGGCUGCUUCACGCCGUGGUCUUUACAAGGGUCUCAAAAAAUCCGACAAACCCGCACCCACAGAAACUCCCGCCUUCAAGGAAGUGACAGUGGGCGGCGACAAAAACAGCGGCACGCGUCUCGUACCCACCUCCAAAGCACCCCGAUUCUAUCCUGCAGAAGAUGUGCGUCAACCAAAGAAGAGCCGAAAGUCGCCAAAGCCCGCCAAACUUCGCUCCACAAUCGUCCCUGGUACCGUCUUGAUCUUACUCGCUGGUCGUUUCAGAGGGAAGAGGGUGGUUUUCUUGAAGCAGCUUGAGAGCGGGUUGUUGUUAGUGACUGGACCUUACAAGAUCAACGGCGUUCCCCUCAGACGGGUGAACCAAGCAUAUGUUAUCGCCACAUCCACCAAGGUUGAUCUUGGUGAAUUCAAGGUCGAUGCCAAGAUCAACGAUGCUUACUUUGCAAAGCCUGCAACCAAAUCAAGCUCUGCAGAGGCUGAGUUCUUCGAGGAGGGCAAGCCGAAGGCAAAGGAGGCCUUCCCAGAAGCCAAGUCCGCCGACCAGAAGGAGGUCGACAAGACUGUCAUUGCUGCCGUGCAGAAGCAGGAGAACCUUGCAAAAUACCUUAAAGCCACCUUCGGCCUGUCGAAGGGCCAGUUCCCUCAUCAGAUGGUGUUCUAAUUGUGGAGGACGCUAGGAUCAUGGAGCUGGGUGG